UUCUGGUUAUUGGGCGAGGCUUCGCGAAGAGUGUAGAAGCAGUGUGCAGAGCGAAAACCGGGAAGCCUCUCCUCAACAUUCUGGUUGUUUCCAGACCCUUCUUUCAUAUUUCAUUUCCAGGUAUAUAUAAACUCAACAAACGUUCCUCUUUCCCAUCUACAAGAAUAAACACAAAGCAAAUCUACACAAAAACGAGUCAGUUGUUCAAUUGAAGCGCUUAUCAAAGUAUGGAUAUCAGACUAAUGGGAUUCGAUCCAAUCCUCAACGCCUUCCAUCACAUUCUGGAUGAAGACAAUCAAGACAACAAAUCCACCCAGGCACGCACUUACGCUCGUGAUGCGAAAGCCAUGGCUUCGACUCCAGCAGACGUGAAAGAGUACCCCAAUUCCUACGUGUUUGUGGUGGACAUGCCUGGUCUCAAGUCCGGGGAAAUCAAGGUGCAGGUGGAGGAAGACAAUGUGUUGGUCGUCAGCGGAGAGAGGAAGCGCGAAGAGGAAAAGGAAGGUGUCAAGUACGUCAGAAUGGAGAGGAGGGUCGGCAAGUUCAUGAGGAAAUUUAUAUUGCCUGAGAAUGCCAAUUUGGAGGCCAUCAAGGCGGUUUGCCAGGACGGUGUGCUGACGGUUACGGUGGACAAGUUGCCGCCUCCCGAGCCCAAGAAGCCCAAGACCAUUCAGGUCCAGAUCGCUUGAAUUCAGCUGCCUGCUUCCGGAUUGUUGAUCUAGAAUGUUCCUUGGUUUUGGAGUAGUUAUUGGAUGCAACUGGAUAGUGUGUGUGAGUUUGUUAUCAAGUUCUGAAGUAAUAAUGUUUCAAGUGGUGUUGCUUUAUAUGUAAUUCAGUAACGCUUAUGCUUGUGAUUUUCCUAUUUUAAACUGUUCUCUAUCUCUUCUUUUUCCCAGUAAAUUUUUGCCAUUUUCCAGAA